AACGUCACAUAGAAGGCGGAGCUUUUCAUUACAGGCAGAAGCGUAGACGAAUGAAAACGCGAGCUCGAUGAUGGUUAUUAUGAUUGACAGCCGUGUCAACCAAUCAGUGCCCAGUGUGAAGCGUCCGGUAUCCGUCGAUGCUGAGGCAAACGGAGAGAAGGAGGGAGGGGUUGGGGGUCAAAGAUACGCAGAGAAACGGGCUGCUGGUGGUGAAGAUGGCGGAUGGGGACAGUGGUAGUGAGCGCGGCGGUAGCAGCGGCGGCGGGGGCGGCGGCGGAGGAAGCGGCGGGUUCCAGCAUUACCAGCGGGAACCGGAGACCCAGGAGCUGGCCUCCAAGCGGCUGGACAUUCAGAACAAACGCUUCUACCUGGAUGUGAAGCAGAACGCCAAAGGCCGGUUCAUCAAGAUCGCCGAAGUCGGCGCUGGGGGCUCGAAAAGUCGCCUGACCCUCUCCAUGUCGGUUGCGGCCGAGUUCCGCGACUAUCUGGGGGAUUUUAUAGAGCACUACGCUCAACUGGGGCCUAGCACUCCGGAGCAGAUCGCUCAGUCAUCCGGCGGCGAUGACACCGGGCCUAGACGGGCCUUGAAGAGCGAGUUUCUGGUGCGCGAGAACCGCAAAUACUACCUCGACCUGAAGGAGAACCAGCGGGGCCGCUUCCUCCGGAUCCGGCAGACCGUCAACCGAGGCCCCGGCUUCGGCGUCGGGGUGGGCGGCAUCCCCGGGGCCGGCCUGCAGUCCGGGCAGACCAUCGCGCUGCCGGCCCAGGGUCUCAUAGAGUUCCGCGACGCCCUGGCCAAGCUCAUAGACGACUACGGCGGGGACGAGGAGGAGCUGGCCGGCGGCGGAGGGCCCGGCGGCUACAGCGAGCUCCCGGAGGGCACGUCGAUCAUGGUGGACUCCAAGCGCUUCUUCUUCGACGUGGGCUCCAACAAGUACGGCGUGUUCCUGCGGGUGAGCGAGGUCAAGCCCAGCUACAGAAACUCUAUCACCAUCCCCUUCAAGGCGUGGAGCAAGUUCGGCGGAGCGUUCAGCCGCUACGCCGAGGAGAUGAAGGAGAUCCAGGAGCGGCACCGGGACAAGAUGUACGAGCGGCGGACCGGGGACGAGUCCGAGGGGGACGACGUGGACGACGAUUGACGCGGAGCGGCUGAAGGUGUUUGUUUUAGUGAUCGAAGCUGAUUCAGAGGCUGCAAACAAACAGGAGGAUUUUUGUGCAUGACGAAGAGAACCGUAAAAAUGCUAAAUCAACGGAGUAAAACAACAACAACAAAAGUAUAUUUGACUGAGAAAUUCCUGUUUAUGUAAGAGAAUCCUGUUUAAAGUUUAGGUGGAUGUUGUAGGUAACUUGAGUGCAGACUGCAGCAGUCAGCCUCUGUAUGAGAUCCCCUCUGAUAAAAGUAAAUAUUUAAUAUAUCUAGUUAUAUAAACUUAUAUUUAGAUUGUCCAUAACCUCACGUAGCCCCGGAAAGUUAAAGGUACUCAUUGCAAACAUCAUGAUAAUAAAAGGUGCAAUUUGAGAGUUCACCAUAUGCAAUUCAAAAACGCGGGUCCGCACUCAAUGUAAACAACGCAUUUUUUGAGUUUUUUUUGCAUCUAAUUGUGGGUUAAUUUUGCUUAAGUUUUUAUUUAAAGAGGAAAAAAGUGGAUUUUAAUUUUUGCGUUAAUGCAAUGAGUACCUUUAAGUUUGGCAGCCGUAGUGCUCCUGUGUGAUACCGCUCAGCGCUGACCUGUACCGUGUGUGACGACGACGAGUGUGUGACGACGACGAGUGUGUGACGACGACGACGAGUGUGUGACGACGAGGAGUGUGUGACGACGACGAGUGUGUGACGUACUCCAACCAGCAGCUGCAGAGAGUGGAUGUGUGAGGAAGAACGCUGGCAUCGUUUGUGUUUUUGUCUAAAGUGAUCUGUAACAAACGGCUCGUCCAGGCGGACCCUCGGACUCACGGUCUCAUCUACGUUAGGUGGGUGGGGGGGCAUCCUCCUCCCGGCCCGGCGGGGUCCGAGGUUAUCUGUCACAAGCACACGACUCGUUUGGAUUCGCUGCACGAUCCAAAUCAGUCCAAACGACCCUCCUGAGCGUCCCCCCCCCCCCCCCCCAGGGUGAGACCUGCUCACGUGUGGCUUCGUUGUGUCUCAGGGCUGGGAGAAAAAUAAUCCCAUCUACAUUCUGGGGACUUCUCAGCGUUCUUCUACCCCGUGCCUCUCCUUCCUCCGGCUGCUCCAGUUGCUGCAGCCGAGUGUCGUCCGUGGCAACUGAUGUCGUCUCCUGAGACACACGGGGGGGCCGCGUUUGACCCGCGUGACCUUCCUGUCGAGAAGGGGUUCGCAGCGAGGCGUAGACCCCCCCUAUCGCACUGGUCACAACUUUCAAAGAAACGUUAAAGCUAAAUAUUGCCGGGCUUGAGCUCAAACCUCAAGGAUUUCCUUGCUGACUUGUUUAGGGUGCAUCAUUUGGAUCCUUGAAUCUUGAACUUACGACUGAAGCAACGUUCAGUCUGAUUGUAACAAAUCAAAUAAAAAUAGGUGCUUCUGGGAAAGAAAAACCCACAAUGGGGUGUUGUAUCUAAAAGAUAUCUAUAUAAAUAUAUGUAUAUGUAUACUGGAAGAGAUUUACUAACUAAAAAAAAUCAAAUAGAUAGAAAUAUUUUUAAAAAGAAAUAUAUAUGUCUUUAAUACGAGACAUUUAUUAGAUAAUGCCGCCUAAAGUGGCUUAUUUAAAAACACUAAACUUGGAUGCAACUGUCCAGGGUGAUAUUUCAUACCUGCUUUUUUCCUAAUAUUUUUUUAAUUCUUCGAGGAAAUCAAAAGAAGAGUACAACAAAUUGAUCACGCGGUAUAUCUUACAGCAAUUUCUCGAGGCAACUUCAUGGAAGUCGGCAAAAAAAAUAAAAAUAACACUCAGCACUCCUGGUCACUUUAGAGCUUCAGGUUGUCUCCUUGUUUCAGUCCACCACGCCUUUUUAAACCACGUUAACCGCGCUUUCCAUCAGUUGCCAUAACGACGCAAACGUUAACUCAGCAUCGCAGUUUUAAUGCUCCUUUAAAAAAAACAAACAAGUCAUUUCUGCAUGCGUGCUCUGCCGCAGAGCUGUUCUUUUUCUUUCUGCAUAUUCUGAUUGCUGUAUGAUGGUAUUUAUCCAUUUUCUUUUUAGAGUGGUUUCAAGUUUGAUUUCUGUGUUGCAAUAGACAAAAGAAAGUUUACCUCUCAGCCUAAUAAUGAUAAUAAUAAGAGUUAGCCACAGCGUUACCAUGUUUUCGAGGGAAAAAGUCACAUUUCAUCGUCCGCCUUCCCUUCAGUGUAAACCUGUCGUUGGAUUUUACUUUACCCACUUCAACGCAGCAGAGUAACGCCAUAUGAAAAAAACAAAAAAACCUGGGAGCAAUAGUUUUUUUUUUUUCUAUUGAUAUGAAUAUAUAUAAAUAUAUGACGACACAUGAGAUUGAACUACAUCCUCCUUCUUGUACUGUGUUACGUGAAAUGGCAGCUGUUUCAGUCGUGUGUUCUGCUGUAAUAUUCUACCAAGAUCCUUUCAACGAGAAAUAAAAAAAAAAGUUUUUGCUCACGA